AUGUCCACCUCAGUAAACAUCAACGGUGUUGAGUUCCAGCCGAGGCUGCUCAUCAACGGCGAGUUCGUCGAAGCCUCCGACAAGGGUACCUUCAACGUGUUUAACCCGGCCACCGGCGAGAUCUCGUGUAAGGUCCCUGAGGCCACUGAAGACGAUACCAACCGUGCUGUUGCUGCGGCAAAAGCAGCACAACCCGCAUGGGCUGCCCUCGACCCUGCCAAGCGCGGUGCCUACCUCAAGAAGCUCGCCGCCUUGAUCCGUGAGCACAAGUCGACCCUCCACCACCUCGAGGCCAUCUCCAUGGGCGUGCCCGUCAACCACUUCUUCCACGCUGACUUCGGCGCCGAUGAAUUCGACUACUUUGCCCAAGCAUGGCCGCACAUCCAGGGCCAGUCCAGCGUCAACACGCCCGGCUACGUGACCAUGACGUUCCGCCAGCCCUUUGGCGUCGUUGCCUGCAUCAUCCCCUGGAACGCGCCCCUGUACCUAUUCGCUGCCAAGGCCGCUGCCGCUUUGAUCACGGGUAACACUGUGGUCCUCAAGUCCUCCGAGAAGGCUCCCCUCGCCGUCGCCUAUGCCGCGGAGCUUGUCGCCAAGGCCGGUUUCCCACCUGGCGUCUUCAACAUCCUCUCCGGCCACGGCCUUCCCUCCGGCCGCUGCCUUGCCCGCCACAUGGACGUGCGCGCCAUUUCCUUCACUGGCUCUAGCCGCACCGGCAAGUUGAUCCAGGAAGAAGCGGCCAAAACCAACCUCAAGAGCGUUACGCUCGAACUAGGCGGCAAGUCCCCUGCCAUCAUCUUUGACGACGCCAACAUCGAGCAGGCGCUCACCGAUACCAUGUCGAGCAUCCUUCUCAACGCGGGCCAGAUCUGCGUCGCCAACUCGCGCGUGUACGUCCAAAAGAGCGUAGCGCCCAAGUUCAUCGAAGCCUUCACAAAGCGUAUGGCUACUGUUCGGGGCGGUAACCCCCUGGACCCACAAACGCAGAUGGGUCCUCAAGCGGACGAGGUCCAGUACAAGAACAUCUUGUCCUACAUUGAAGAAGGCAAGAAGAGCGGCAAGUUGGCCGUUGGUGGCAAGGGCAGGCUGGACGAGACGAAGGGGUACUUUGUUGAGCCGACGGUGUUCCUCGACACGCCUGAAGAUGCCAAGAUCAUGAAGGAGGAGAUCUUUGGGCCGGUGUUGAAUAUUAACACGUUUGAGACGGAGGAGGAGGUGGUGGCCAAGGCGAACGAUACCGAGUAUGGCUUGUGGGCGGCCGUGUUUACCAAUGAUCUUAGUAGGGCGAUGAGGAUGGCCAAGGCGCUGGAGAGCGGCUAUGUCAGUAUUAACUGCUCGAGUCCGUCGAUGGGGAGGGAUUUGCCGUUUGGGGGGUAUAAGGGGAGUGGGCAGGGGCGGGAGGGGAGGUUGCACAGCAUGAAUCACUUUUUGGAGGUUAAGAGUGUUAUUAUCAAGUUGGAUGAAAAGGCUUCCUCACAGUGGAAUAUGUAGAGGGAGAGAUUGGUGGUGAUGAUAGAGAUACCAACGCGGAGGAAAAUAAAACGGAAUAUUUAUUGGGAUGCAGACGU